AUGACUCGCUCUGGUCUGCUCCUCGGUGCCCUGGCCCUUGCCUUUGCGACCGUUGCCUUCGUGGCGCCGCCGCUGCGCGUGUCCACCCCUCGCAGCCUCCCUGACAAGGUGGUGCGCCCAGAGCCUCCAAGUGAUGCUGGCACCGUUGUGAUGGGAGUUCUGGCUGGACUGAUGGUGGGCCUCGCUGUGCCCGCAAGCAGCUGGGCCGUGAACGACCUGCCUGAGUUCUCGGUGGUCCGGCCCAGCUUUAUGCAGGGCAUCGAUGCCUCCUUGGCCGCCACAAAGCCCGGGGAGAUCGAUUUUGUCACGAGGAGCAGAAUUGAGGCGUCCUACUUUCCUCAAGUCAUUGAAGAGCUCAAGCAGGAGAAAGUCAAGCUCGAGGCAGCUCCGAGCAAGAAGGAACGAUUGGAGAAGGCCGCUCAGCAGAUGAGGGAGUACGCCAAGACGGCCCAGAUCGGUGACGCGACUGCCCCAGUCGGCGGGGGCCGAGGCAUCGAUGGCGUCCUGUCGCUCUACCUCAAGGAGAAUGCGAACAAGAUCGAGGAUGUGCAAGUGCGCAUCUUCGAGGUCUACGGCCGAAUCAGCACGCAGACGGGGCACAUGAAGAGGAACACGGGAUCCGGCGUCUGGGGCUACAAGCUGAAGGAGAAGGUCGCAGAAUACCUGGGAACUGCCGAAGCCUUCAUGGAGGACCAUGGUGAAGUGGAUGAAGAAGAGGAGUGGUAUGAGGAUGAGGAGGAAGAGGAGGAGCAUGAACACCGCCACGGCAGGCUGGACAUGCAGAAGCUCCAGGAUGCCCUGGACGACGACGCGUACACCUACAGUGUCAAGGCCGAAAGCCCCGCUUCCAUGGCGGGCACGGUCGCCUGGCACGAGCAGGUGAAGGAGCUCCUGACCGUCAUCGAGGACAUCCGCAUGGAGGAGGAUCAGUUCAAGGCAGGGGGCGUGCCGAUUGCGCACAUCCGUGGCACCGUGAACAAUCCCAAAUCCUCUCGCGGGACCCUCUUUGUGCUGACCAACAUCCACUACAAGUCAGGUAAGAUUGCGCCCAUCUCCACCGUGGACCUGGCGGGCUCCGAGGAUCCCGCGGUCAUGGUGGGCGGGUUCCUCCGCUUUGUGAACCGCCCAGGCGUACCCGAAUGUGAUCCUGCGAACGGCAAGACGCCGGCUCAGCUCAUGGCGAAGUACUUGGCGAACCUCAGCAGCUACGAACAGAUGUCCAGCAGCCUUGCCUGGUGCUUCGAGCUGAAGGACGUGCUUGUGGAGUGUGACCGCACUAAGCCGGAGAAGGGCUGCGUGGACGUGGAGCUUGCAGGCGGCCGGAGCGAGUUCCUGCGGCCCAAGUUGGACAAGCCGGAGUUGUGGAGAUCCAAGGACUUCGCCGGUGAGAACCUUCCCGCGGGUUUGACGUUCAUCUGGACGGACACCAAGACCAAGAGGAACAAGACCGUGUUCUAUCACUUCGAUGAGAUCUUUGAGAUGCAGCGUCUAGGACCUCCCAAUGGCCUCACGGAGAAGCGCAAGCAAACCAAUCCUCUGGGGCCCGACUGGUACUGGGCGGAGCGCCUCUGGGGGCGAUGCCUCAAGGCCAAAAGUGGCAACUGCAAGAAGGACAGCCCUGGUGUUGUCGACUACAUUGUCCUCGGUGACAAGCACCUGUCGUCCAACUCGUAUACAAAGCUGGGCAACAACCCGUCCCCGCUGACGGAAGUGCCCGGAAAGCUCACCGUCAUUCAGAGGAACUCCAAGGACUUCGGGGACUGGAAGAAGAAUGGCCAGAAGAGCUCCAAGCCCGGCGAGGAAACGGAGCAGGUCGCUGAGUGGAAGUCGCAGCGGAAGUGGUUCUUCGAAGCGCUGGCCGAUGUCAUGUCGAGGCUGAACAACGACGAGUUUGAUCGGCACCUGCGAUACUUCACGUCGGCAAUUGGACCUGUGGUGGAGGAGGCGUUCUUCAUCAAUGAGGUCCAAGCUUGUCACCCAACUUGCUUUCCUGUUGCGGAAGCAGUGCUUGACAGUAUGUCCCGGCAUCUCCUCUUGAUCAUGGUCCUCACCUCGUGGAUGCCACAAGACGUCGCCGGGGCAUGUGAUGCAGAUGCGGUCAUGGCUGCAGCAACAUGCAUGCAACAACUGUCAAUGCCCACGGAUGGAAAUGUGGACACCACGUGCCAGUACGUGCAGGACUACAUGGCUUGCUAUCCAGGGGAUUGCUGCACGUCAGCUGUUGAGACGGCGCUGGCCACUUUUGGACAAGCUCCUUUCAAUUGCGCCGGAACGACAUGUGGAAGUAACAGCAACACAGGUAACAGCAACACAGGCGGCAGCAACACAGGCGGCAGCAACACAGGUGACAGCGGAUGUACCGCUGAUGCGGUCAUGGCUGCAGCAACAUGCAUGCAACAACUGUCAAUGCCCACGGAUGGAAAUGUGGACACCACGUGCCAGUACGUGCAGGACUACAUGGCUUGCUAUCCAGGGGAUUGCUGCACGUCAGCUGUUGAGACGGCGCUGGCCACUUUUGGACAAGCUCCUUUCAAUUGCGCCGGAACGACAUGUGGAAGUAACAGCAACACAGGUAACAGCAACACAGGCGGCAGCAACACAGGCGGCAGCAACACAGGUGACAGCGGAUGUACCGCUGAUGCGGUCAUGGCUGCAGCAACAUGCAUGCAACAACUGUCAAUGCCCACGGAUGGAAAUGUGGACACCACGUGCCAGUACGUGCAGGACUACAUGGCUUGCUACCCAGGGGCUUGCUGCACGUCAGCUGUUGAGACGGCGCUGGCCACUUUUGGGCAAGCUCCUUUCAAUUGCGCCGGAACGACAUGUGGAAGCGGCUCGCCAGCAGCCUCAACAACCACACCAUUCGUUGUCGGAGCUGGUCUGGUCAGCCAGACCAGCCAAUGUUCAGGAACCUUUGUUGCAGGCGCAAACGUUGGCUGGACAGGAGAAGAGACCACCCAGCAGUCAGUCAUGUCUUGGGAGGCCUGCUGCAGCCUCUGCAACCCGGAUGUUUGUUGCGGGUACGUCCUGAUAUCGGACGGCGUGUGCUUCCAAAAAAUCGGAUCCACUUGCGAACUGAUUGCUCCGCCGGAGUCUACCUCCGAUGCGGCAUCCAUCAGUCUCCUGAGCUUGGCCACGAUGCAGGUUGCCCUGCGAGUUGCCUUCUGA